GUGCCUCACUUGAAUCAGACCGCUAUUAUUUUUCUGCUCCAGCCAGGCAGAAUCAUCUAGACGCGUGGGUUACCGAGUUAUUAUAUUGUGUCAUAUUCCUUUCCUAGCCGAAUAAUCUUACAUCUACAGAGAGUUCAAAAUGUCCAGAAGACGACACAGCGACGAGAAUGACGGAGGUCAGGCCCACAAAAGGAGGAGAACAUCAGAGCCGAUUGAAAUUGAAGACCGACUGGAGUCACUGAUAUGUCGUGUUGGGGAGAAGAGCACAUCAUCUCUGGAGAGCAACCUGGAGGGUCUUGCAGGUGUGUUGGAGGCUGACCUUCCAAACUACAAGAACAAAAUCCUGCGCAUUUUAUGUGCUGUGGCUCGCCUCCUACCUGAGAAGCUGACUGUGUAUACGACUUUAGUCGGCCUCCUGAAUGCCAGGAACUACAACUUUGGGGGCGAGUUUGUGGAGGCCAUGAUCAGACAGCUCAAGGAGACGUUGAAAAAUAACUUGUACAACGAGGCUGUUUAUCUGGUGCGUUUCCUGUCAGAUUUAGUGAACUGUCAUGUGAUUGCUGCUCCGUCGAUGGUGGCCAUGUUUGAAAACUUUGUCAGUGUUACACAAGAGGAGGACGUACCUCAGGUUCGGUCAGACUGGUUUGUAUACGUCGUUCUGUCCUGUCUGCCCUGGGUCGGUAAGGAACUUUACGAGAAGAAGGAUGUGGAGAUGGACCGACUUCUCAGCCAGAUCGAAGGCUACCUCAAGAGGCGAGUAAAGACACACGUCCCCAUGCUGCAGGUGUGGACAGCAGAGAAGCCCCAUCCACAGGAGGAGUACCUUGACUGCCUUUGGGCCCAGAUUCAGAAGCUAAAGAAAGACCGCUGGCAGGAGCGCCACAUCCUUCGUCCAUACAUUGCCUUUGACAGCGUGCUGUGCGAGGCUCUGCAACACAACCUGCCACCUUUCACCCCACCAGGGCACAUGCCAGACGCCCAGUACCCCAUGCCUCGGGUUGUCUUCCGUAUGUUCGACUACACGGAUGCCCCUGAGGGUCCUGUCAUGCCCGGCAGCCAUUCAGUGGAGAGAUUUGUCAUAGAAGAAAACCUGCAUUGCAUCAUCAAAACUCACUGGAGAGAGAGGAAAACAUGUGCUGCCCAGUUACUGAGCUACCCAGGGAAAAACAAGAUUCCUCUCAACUAUCACAUUGUGGAGGUGAUCUUUGGAGAACUCUUCCAGCUGCCCACUCCGCCUCACAUUGACGUCAUGUACACCACACUGCUUAUUGAACUCUGCAAACUGCAGCCUGGAUCACUGCCACAAGUUUUGGCCCAAGCCACAGAAAUGAUGUACAUGAGACUGGACACCAUGAACACCACCUGCAUCGACAGACUAAUCAACUGGUUUUCACACCAUCUGAGCAACUUCCAGUUUCGAUGGAGCUGGGAUGAUUGGUCUGACUGCCUGACCGUUGAUCCUGAGAAGCCUAAACCCAAGUUUGUCAAAGAGGUUCUGGAGAAAUGCAUGAGGCUUUCAUACCACCAGCGGAUAGUGGACAUUGUACCGCCGACCUUCUCCGCCCUGAUCCCAGCUGAACCCCUCUUCAUAUACAAAUACCUUGAUGAGAGUUCUGCUUCAUUACCGGGCUAUGCAGUAUCCAUCACUGUUUCUAAUGCCAUCAAGAACCGAGCGUCCAAUGAAGAGAUCCUGACCAUCCUCAAAGAAGUGCCCAACCCCAACCAAGAAGACGAUGAUGACGAGGGCGAGAGUUUCAACCCCCUGAAGAUCGAGGUGUUCCUGCAGACUCUGCUCCAUCUGGCAGCUAAAUCCUUCAGCCACUCCUUUAGUGCCCUCGGGAAGUUUCAUGAAAUCCUGAAAACCCUGACAGACAGCGAUGAGGGAAAACUUCACAUCCUCAAAGUAGUUUAUGAAGUCUGGAGGAAUCACCCACAGAUGAUCUCAGUGUUGGUGGACAAAAUGAUCCGGACACAGAUUGUGGACUGUGCUGCAGUCGCUAACUGGCUCUUCUCUCAGGACAUGGCUCAUGAAUUCACCAGACUUUUCAUUUGGGAGAUUCUUCACUCAACCAUCCGUAAGAUGAACAAACACGUGCAGAAGAUCCAGAAAGAGCUGGAGGAGGCCAAAGACAAACUGGAGAAACAGCAGCACAAGAGGCAGAGGGACAGUGGCGACGACGAAGACAUGGAGAAAAACAGCGAGGACGAGGAGGGUCAGCUGGAGGAGCAGAUCGAGAGGCUACAGGAGAAGGUGGAGUCGGCUCAGAGUGAGCAGAAGAACCUUUUCCUCGUCAUCUUCCAGCGUUUCAUCAUGUUGCUGACGGAGCAUCUGGUUCGCUGUGAGACGGGCAGCGUCGACAUCAGCACGCCCUGGUACAAAAACUGCAUCGAGCGGCUGCAGCAGAUCUUCCUCAUGCACCAUGUCACCAUCCAGCAGUACAUGGGAACCCUGGAGAACCUGCUGUUCACGGCCGAGCUUGACCACCACAUCCUUGCCGUCUACCAGCAGUUCUGUGCCCUGCAGCUCUGAGGCAGACACUCUGACACUCAUGUAAUUGGAUGAAUUAAAUCCUGUACUCGUGCUCUCACAGUACCUGUGCUAAACAAACUCAUCAGAAAGUACCAACUCUUGCAUCAAGAAUCUCCUCUGUUUUUUUUUUUUUUUUUCAUUUCCUUGUUUUUGUGUUUUGGUGCCAUUCAAAGUGUUUCUGUGCAACAUCAACCAAGGACAUUUUUCAACGUAGGAAUUUAAACUCCAGUAAGUUUGAAUAUUCGCUGUAGUGUCUAUUUUUGUUCUUUUUUUCCCACCCUGCUAGUUUUCUUAUGAAUGGAUCUUUUUAAAACAGUGCUAGAGACGACACAAAGACGUUUCAAGUUGUAACAGAUUAAUUCUGGAACUGGAGAGCGCUCUACUUUUUUAUAUUUGUUUUAUGUGGAAUUGGGAAAGAAUUAAAACUCUACGGAGUCUUUAUCA